GAUCAGGUCAGGGUUAUACAAGGCAGCGCAAACCUUUUAGCGACAGUGUAAGACACCAAAGCCUGGCGAGGAAUGCCUCCGCGAACUUAGCUGGUUAUGAAGUCAUCUGAACUGCACGAGGAAAGAAGCAGAAACUGACUAUUGAGAUUUAGUGCAGGGUUGCAAUAUAAAUGUAUGCAUGCAUGCAGGCGAGAAUGUGCUCCUGAGUACCUGGUUGGCAAAUACCCUGGCGUGGCAUUAUCAUUCCUGUUCGCGCGGGUACUCUGAUAGGGUUGAUUGGUGGCCAAAAGGAGGCGGGAGGAUGAGGGGGGAUUUAUGGCUGCAGAAAGGCUAUCCAAUCAGGGCACAGUAACGUGCCCGAGAGAAUUGUCUUCCAUGAAUGUGGACCCUGAUGGGAUACUAGUGAUGCUCAUCUUGAUCCCCCUUUUCCUCCUCCUCGUGUUUUUUCACGAUCUGGGUAAUGGCAGAUUCAGUCAGAUAAUUCAACACGUCAAUGAUUCGGCGAACUGGGUACUCUUGGCAUGCAUAGUGAUGCAAUGGCUCAUGCACGGGGGUACGAGCACUGAUAGUCGUACAGCCUUCAGUCAAGCAUUCCAGUCACCCAGUAUAGACAGAAGUAGAUUUAAGUUCAUAAUUGCUCCUUCAUCGCCGAUAUAUGUGGUUGUGAUGUCCAGUAUCGGCCAUGUGACCCACGACAUGCCGGUGGAUACGUGCUUAUCUCGUUGUCACCCGAGGUUGGCGGUGGAGUCAUUUACCAAAGGGAACAGCAGAAUAAGAGUAUGUAGAAGGUUCCCCCAAGCUCCUCCGGGUUUGGAGAUGGUUGAGCGUUCAUACUGGGGUUGUGUGCACGGGUACUGCAUGAUCCUGCAGCUCAUAUACUGAUCGUCACGUGACUGUCGACUCUCUCGCCCUACACUGGACACUUCCACCAAUCCACCUGGGCUUGAUUGUUUUUCGUCAUAUCAUGGUGGCCAAACUGAUUCACCAUGCUUGACUCCUGGUUUCGGAGUCUUGGAGUAAAGGGCCGUGACGACAAACUAUUCUGAGCAGUAUAUCG